AUGAACGAAACCCGCGAUCCACCACCUCUUAUGGCCGAGAGGGAAGAAUGCCAUCGCCGUAUCUUAUGGGCUAUCCUCGGCUUAUCGCUGGGCUGGACCUUCAUGGCAAUGAUGACCGCCGCACUGUUCAAUUUUGACAAAGAAUCUUAUCCCCAUGAAGAGCACAACACAUACAACAGGGAUGUCGUCGUCGUCAACGUUGUAUAUGUUCCUAUUUGCCUCGUUCUGCUUGGGUGGAGUCUCUGGAUGUGGAACGGCCGAAAUGGUUGGGACAAUUGCACACUGAGGACGCGAAUGAUCUGCAGUUGCUUGAUCAUCAACGCAUGGUGGAUCGGGUGUAUCAUCGCGUUCUUCACCGUCGCUCAUCCAAUAUGGCUUGCUGGAUGGUUGUACCUCGGUAUUCCCGCCUUUAUCUGUGUUGUCAAUCAGAUAUUGAUGUUUAGCGUGGUGGUUGGACACGUGGAUGAUAGCUACGCUUGGUAG